ACCUAUGUUCUGCCAAACAGUGCUAUACUGCUGCAUACACUUGUGUUUAUAGCCAUUGUUCUUCUGUUGCUGUAUCCUCCAGAUGCCUUCGUCGGGGCUGGAUUCACUUUUGAUAGCCUUGCCUAUGCAUACCUUGGAUCACCUGAAGUGAACUACCUGGAAUUCCAUUGUAGACGCUUCGUUCUUACACGAGCAUUCACUGUCUGUCUACCGUAUUUGCUCAUACUGAGUAUGUAUUUCACUAAGGAGCACGCCAUCUUGUUUACUUCGCAUCCGACAAGGGUUAUACACUAUAUUUCUUUGAUUUCUCCUUUAAUAGCAUUCGGAGCAGUCGUCUACAUCGCUUAUCACACCAUGACGCGAUUCCGUAAUUUACUCGCUAUGCAAAAGUUGAAGGAUUACGGUUACGAUACUCAGCAGGUUUUUACCACACUUUCAAGUGAAUUUAUCCGUAUCGAUGCCUUUCGGCACUCAAUCUCAAAUGUGAGCAAGAUCAUCAUCACUGAUUCCUGCCUUUUCUAUUGUUCGAGGUUUCAAUUUGUAGUGGCAAAGUUACCAGAUGUGCAGUUUCAUGUCGUACAGGCUGAGGAUACAAUGAAUCGCCUUCAUCAUGCCCUUGGAAUGAAUCAAUACCUCACGGUUGCCGUGUCAUUACCUCCUGAUAUCAAGCACUUGAACUUUGAAUUCAAAAUCGACAAUGUGUCUAUGCGUGAUUUGGAAACGAAAUUGGGAGCCGGUCGCAUUGAAUUUUCGCAAGAGGUUAGACUGAAAAUGUCGAUGACCGACAAGUUCAUAAAGGCAUUCCUGGAUCAAGCUAAGAAGAAUCCGCGAUUCCAUAAUUAUAUCAAGGAGGAACUGGACCCAUGUCUUGGAUGCUCCGAGAAGUUGUCGAAUGUCAAGCUUUGGAGGCAGUGUCAAACUGUAAACAUUAAUUUGGAAUUAGAAGGUGAAACGUCGAAUUGCACUCCAUGUCAGUGCCGUCCGAUGUGGUGCGUCUCAUGCAUGGCUCGUAUAUUCCUCGCUAAACAGGAUCAAUCCCGACCAGCAUCAUGGCUUGAAGGGACAUGCUCCUGUCCUACAUGCAGAGCAACUUUCUGUAUCAUCGACGUGGCACUUCUCUCUUACUUUGACGAGGAGAACCCUGCUGAUGACGAUGAUGAGCUGAGAAGUGAGGAAGAGUAG